AUGGCGAAGCUGGUGCUCAUCGGCGACGCCAACGUCGGCAAGACGUGCCUGGUGCAGCGUUUCAAGACGGGGGCCUUCGCCGAGCGCCAGGGCAACACCAUCGGGGUGGACUUCACCAUGAAGAGCCUGGAGAUCCAGGGCAAGCGGGUGAAGUUGCAGAUCUGGGACACAGCUGGCCAGGAAAGAUUUCGGACCAUUACUCAGAGUUAUUACCGAAGCGCCAAUGGAGCCAUCCUAGCCUAUGACAUCAGCAAAAGGGGCUCUUUCCAGUCUAUUCCUCGCUGGAUCGAGGAUGUAAGGAAGUAUGCAGGCUCCAACAUAGUGCAACUCCUUAUUGGAAACAAGUCUGACCUAAGUGACCUUCGAGAGGUUCAGCUAGAGGAGGCUCAGAGUCUGGCUGAACACUAUGAUAUCAUCUGUGCCAUAGAGACAUCUGCGAAGGACUCUAGCAACGUGGAGGAAGCUUUUGUUAAGAUGGCAACGGAGCUCAUGAUGAGGCAUGGAGGCCCCAUGUUCAGUGAGCAAAAUACAGAUAGCAUCAAACUUGAUAGCAAAGACAUUGUAGAAGGAUGGGGAUGUGGUUGCUGAUAUAGCUUAUGAAAUAUCCUUAAUUGUUACUGGAAGUUAGAGGGUACUUCACCUUUCUCUCUCUCGUUCUUUCUCCCUUUGUCUCUCAUAGUAGCUACUUCCUGCAAGUCCAGUUUGUUUGUAACUUAGACAUUAACAUUUGCAGGUGGUUUUUAAUUAUGAAAGGACUUUAUUAUGUAGUUUUGAAAUUCUGCAGCAACCGUUCUAUAACAGUUACCUCCAGAUUCUUCAGAGAGGAUCUACUAUAGCUCAGAAGUAAGUUGCAUAGAAAGAGGCUACCAGGAUCGUUUUGCAUAAACUUGUUUGAACAGGAAGUUGUUGUGUUUCCUGUUGUAAAUCCCCCUAGGGUGGGAUUCUCUCAAUGAAGGCAACACUUUUGCUUUGUGGCAAGCAAGUCGUAACACUGCCUCUUUAAAGUCUCAAUGUUCCACCAAGUAUCAGAAAUGACACAGGGUCACAUAGUUUCUCUGCGCUAGUGUCUCAAGUAAGAAAUACUUGAAUGUUUUUCAGAUAGGACAAGGCAUCUGACACUCGUCCAAAAUGAGGAACCUCCAUAGAAGUUACAUUUUCCUAGACUUUAAAGAUACAACCUGUGGGGAUGGAUGGAGUAUAAUAAUGCUAAUAAUAAUAUAUGAUAUAUUAUAAUAAUGCAAACUUGGGCAGCUUUCUUUUUCUCGUAUUUCCAGACAAAUAGAGAAACCAGCAUGAGCAGUACUGAACAUCUGUCUCACAUAAGAGUUACUAAUUUGUUCACUUCAGAAGACUUGAUUCUAAAUAAAUUUUGUUGGCUAUAAA